AUGGCCAUGCCUGACCGAGACUGCUACUCGGAGGACGAUGGAGUUUCCCUUUCUUUGAAUAAAACUAACCAGUGCCUGGAAGAUUUGCUGAAAUCGUUGAUUUUCCACGGCACCGAGGUGGAUAACGACGGCUCCAAGGUCAUCAGGAUCCUGAUCUCCAUUGUGUACUCUGUGGUGUGUGCCAUGGGGCUGAUCGGCAAUCUUCUGGUGCUCUACCUCCUGCAGGCCAACAAGAAGAAGUCCACAAUGACCAUCUUGGUCAUGGGCCUGGCUGUGACCGACAUCCAGUUCGUGUUGACCCUACCUUUCUGGGCAGUGGAUACGGCCAUGGACUUCAGUUGGCCUUUCGGCCGUGUCAUGUGUAAGGUGGUGUCCUCGGUGACGGUGAUGAGCAUGUACGCCAGCGUCUUCUUCCUGGCCGUGAUGAGCAUCACCCGGUACUGCUCGGUGUCCCAGUCGCUGAAGAUGAGGAGAAGGUCCUCCACAUACUGGGACAGGUUGACCUGCAUCUUCAUCUGGGGUUUGGCUUGUGUGGCAACGCUCCCCCAGGCCACCUACUCCACCACCAUCGUGCUCCCCACCGAAGAGCUGUGCAUCACCAAGUUUCCGGAGGUUCACAGCAAUCCCCAGUUUUGGUUUGGGGUCUACCAGGCGCUGAAGGUCUUGGUUGGCUUCAUCCUUCCCCUCGCCAUCAUCUCCGCCUCUUACCUCCUGUUGCUGCGUUUCGUCAACAGCAAAGAAAUGAGCAGCAAUAACCCAAAGAGAACGUCCAGGGUCACCAAAUCCGUCACCAUCGUGGUGUUGGCCUUCUUCAUCAGCUGGUUGCCCAACCAAGCCAUCACUCUCUGGAGUGCCUUCAUCAAGCUGAACGUGGUCCACUUCAGUGUUGCCUUUUACAACACCCAGGCGUACAUCUUCCCUGUAACCGUCUGCCUGGCUCACAGUAACAGCUGUCUCAACCCGGUGCUCUACUGCCUGAUCAGGAGAGAGUUCCGGGUAGCUGUCCGCGACCUGGUGCUGAAAGUCACCCGCGUCCGCCGCAUCCGCGCGUCCCAGUCGAGCGGGCCGCCCGGCAAGAAGAGGCAGCUGCCGGUCACCAUCUCCAUGACAAGGUGCGAGAACCCGGCCUCUGGCGUCCCCAGACGUGUCCACAAGUCUUACCGGCAGAGUCAAGGAGAGCGGGAUGGGAUUGGUGUGGACAUCUACUGCUCAGCUUUUAUUACUGAGCCCAAGGUUCAGAGCACUGGACCUUCGGGGAAUCAAUGCAGGAAACAAUCCUCGCAGUAA